AUGGCUCCUCAACUCCACCAGCGCCCUCCUUUCCGCGCUGAGCACCUCGGUUCGCUCUUGCGCCCCAAUGCGCUCUUGGAUACCAAGAUUGCUUUCGAGGCCGGCAAGAUUCCCGAGUCUCAAUUGACUGCAGUUGAGGACAAGGAAGUCAAGGACAUUGUCGCAACCCAGCAGAAGCUCGGAUAUGCCGCUUUAUCCGACGGCGAGUACCGUCGCCACAUGUUCUGGGGAACUUUCUUCCCCGGCCUUGACGGCUUCGAGGAGGUCAAUGACGUCGAUGUCGACGACUUCCGUCCCUAUGCCCCUGAUAUUGCUGCUUUCCUCGAGGCUGGCCACAAGCCAGGUGAGAGUGUCAUCUGUACCGGCAAGAUCAAGCACGUAGGCAGCACCUACAUCGACCAGUUCAAGUACCUUGCCAGUCAGGUUCCCGCCGAGGAGGUCGGCAACUUGAAGAUCACUCUCGCUGCCCCCAACUGGUACCACCUCCGCUACCGCGAGGGCAAGGCUUACCCCAAGUCUGUGUACACCAACGACGAGGAUUACUUUGGUGAUAUCGCCAAGGCCUACCAGGCCGAGUUGAAGAUCCUGUAUGACGCCGGCUGCCGCAACGUGCAGUUUGACGACCCCAACCUGGCCUACUUCUGCUCCGACAAGUUCCUGAACGGCUUCAAGGAAGACGCCCUGAACGUGUACAGUGCCGACGACAUGUUCGAGAAGUACAUCAAGCAAUACAACGACAUCACCGCCAACCUCCCCGCCGAUCUGCACGUCGGUGUGCACCUGUGCCGCGGUAACUUCGUCGGCAGCCGUCACUUCUCCGAAGGCGGUUACGACCGCAUCGCCAUCAAGCUCUUCCAAGAGCUGAACGUGCACACCUACUACCUGGAGUACGACACCCCCCGCGCCGGUGGUUUCGAGCCCCUCAAGUUCCUGCCCACGCACAAGAACGUCAUUUUGGGCGUUGUCACCUCCAAGUUCGCCACUAUGGAGGAUAAGGAGGAGAUGAAGGCUCGCGUUAUUGAUGCUGCCAAGUUCAUUGCCGAGGGUAACAACAUCUCUCUCGAUGCUGCCCUUAACCAGGUCGGUGUCAGCCCCCAGUGUGGAUUCGCUUCCCACCGUGAGGGUAAUGCUAUUGACUGGGAUGGCAUGAUCAACAAGCUGCAGUUGGUCCGGGAUAUCGCCAACGAUAUCUGGCCUAACCAGGCAUAG